AUGAAUGUUGCAAAUCCUGUAAAUCGUAAUUAGCAAUUUUCGGCAUUCUUCAAUUGAGCGGAAAACAAGAUUCCUCCAUCCAUAAUAUAAUGAUUGAUUGUAAUGGCGAGAAAUCGAACAUCGGCGAGUUAAGAGUUAACAAGAAACCGACAUGAGUGCGAAGAAGGCGAAGCGUAAUAAAGAGGAGUCAUUGUUGAUUUCAUACAAUUCCGCAGAAGAUCGCGGUGGUGUUGGGCGAAGCAGUGAAUCUGAUGACAAUGUUCAACCGUUGGAUUUACCACCGACUCGACUUCGACGUCCAAGAUCCAGGUAUUACAGCAUAUAUCAUUUAAGUUUUUGUAUUAAAUAUCAUAUUUAAAAAUACAGUGCACAGCUGACCGGACUUCAACGAAGAUCGAUGGAACUCUUGACAGUUUUUGCAACCUAUCGACGCUUACGAAUUCAACUUGCCAGAUUUUUUUAAAGAGUUAUCAGAUUUUAUCACAUAUAUAUUAUAGUUUAGUUCAUGUAAGUAACCCAUCAUUCAAGGGAUUCUUCUCCAAUAAAUUAUUACGGUAGGUAUUGUUUCUGCUACAAUUACAUGUCGAUGGCACAUUAAUGUAAUAUUUACAAACGAUCGAUUGAUUUUAAGGCUGACAUAAAUUUUAUUCGUGCGGUAGGUUUUUUUUCUUUACAAACUUAUCUUUGGUUCAUUUUCUUUGUUUUUUUUUCAGUUUCAUUUUUACCUUUAAGUUUUGUUUAUUUCCUUUGCCUUGCACUUGUUAUUAUAAUCUGAAACAAAAGGAAAAGAAAAAGAAUUGGACCACAACAGAUUCACCACAAAUACAUAGAGUUGUUUCUUUUACUUGAUUUGAGUGUAGUUUGAGAUAUCCUUGAAAUGUUUUGAUGUUGGAAAAGUACAUUUGUCACAUAUAAUUUAGGUCUACCUAAAUGAUUGCUGUACAUCGGAUAGGUUUAUUUCAUACACACAAUACAUCCAAAAAUGAUUGUUUACAUUGGCUUACAACGUUCAUUUUAUAUUCAUGUAGCAUUUAUACAUCAGCCACCUAUACAGGCUAUGUGUUAUGCUUGUGAAGAGGUUAACACCCAGCUUUAAGUUAGCAGUAUGAUGCAAAUAUUGUCAGACUUUCCUUCUUUUGAAUGUGAUAAACACUGAUGUAAUAAAUCACCUUCUCAGAGAGAACUUUUAGUUUCUAAUAAGACCCCUUUCCUCUUUCCUGAAACUGAAAGUUGUAUUAUCUUCUAUUUGGGUUUGGUAGAGUUUAUAGUACAAAUUUUACAUGUAUUCUGAAGGCUGUAGUGGUGGAGAUGAAACACCGCAUCUUACUAGCCACCAAAAUUUUUCAUGAGUAUUUGAUAAUUUUUUAUUGUAUAUGUGGCAAUUUCUUUUUUAUAUAUGUCUUGAUUAGAUUUCUACCAAAAAAUGCACACUGUUUAAUUUGUAUAUUUAGCUGGGCAUUCAGGUGGGAGAAAAGCAAUAGAUAAAUGAUAAGUAUGAGAGUGUACUUUCUAUCUGUAAACCCUUUAACCUCUGUGACUAGCAUUUAAUUUUUCCUUACAAUAUCACCUCUGAAUCAUGCAGUAAGGUCUUGAGAAUAAAGAAAAUUAUCAGCAGCAAAAGAAGCUGUUGAUUGUUGCAGAAUUCUCCAUGUCAGCACCUUUGGGAAUCUAUAAGGAACAGUAUGAAGAAUACCUUUACUGAUGUUAGGGUGUGAAGGUUUGAUUUAUCUUGGAACCCCCGAGUCAGUGGUAUAUUCUAUUCCAAAUCAUUGUUACAGUGGUAUAUUACGCAUCUGUAAAUGGCAGAGACAGUCCUAAGAGUGAUCAUGGGUAGUAUAAGGAAUUUAUUUCCCCCAUGGAAGUGUUAAGAACAGUGCACUCUGAAAAUUUAUUGUUUUAAUGUUUUUUGUCUAACUCUUGACAGUCACUACUAACAGUAACUAUUUGAACCAGAAUCAUUGAGGCAUUAUAUUUGAUUAUCAAGCUGCCACUGUAGCCCUUUCUCAGUUUACAGUUAAUUUAAGAUGAAUUAUGUUAAAUUGCUCUUUCUAUUAUUAUGUUCUAGGAAAAUUCAUGUUCCUUCACAAUCAAAAACUUGCUAUUCACCAUGGAAUGCUCUGCAGGUGAUCUUUGUUCUGUUCACUGUUGGAACAAUGAUCUCCAUGAUGUGGUUCACUAUAAUACUGAAGACAUCACUAGAGUCAAUGAAAAAAAGGAUCACUUCAUGUAAGUUAGCACCCUUGCCUUGUAGUUUACCAGUCAUAAUAAUAUUUGCUAUAAACUCUGAAGUAACCCUUUCACUCCCAAGUUCUCAUCAGUAAUUCUCCUCACUGUCUGCCAAACAAUGCAUAUGAUAUUAGUUAAGAGAAUUUGGAAUUGGAUCAACCAUUAAUCCCCUAUUUGAAAUUUUCCUUAUUCCUGUCACGUUUGAUGAUGUACUGUUGGUGUAAGAAGAAAUUCUGUUUAGGUCACUGGGGCAGUUUAAGGGUUAAGAAAUAAAUAUCAGUUUAGCUUUACCCUGAUACUGAAAAAGCCUUGUAAAGUAGAAAUAUUCAUUGAAUGUUGAUGUGUUUCAAAAAAAGUCACUCAGGUGUUAAAAAAAAAACAGAACAGCCAAUAGCUACAGUUACUGUAAUAAUUUUGUUAUUUUGGGGUUUUCUUGCUUGUUCCAAUCUCCAUUGUGUUUUGGUCAGUGCACAACUGACCUGUCAGAAUUGGAUGAAAGCAUUCACUGUUUUAGUUUUAACUCAUCCCAGCUUCUAUAGCAUUGAGGAUUUAAGAGUAUUGCCACCUCCCCUGGAUUAGAUGAUAAUAUUACAGGCUACCCUGUGGCAUUUUGUUAGGUUUUCUGACGAGUUAUUGGUUCACAUUCAUGUCCCUUUUUCAGCAAAUCAUAUGAAUUUCUUAGAUUUCCUUGACCAGAGCCUUCAGGCACUUGGUAAUUUUUCUUAAAGAUCAGCUCCUGAAUGGAGUAAGGCACUAAGUCAAGAGUCUUUCCUAAGAGCCCAACACACUGAUGCUAGUUAGAACUUUAACCCUUUAACACCCAAGAUCUCAUUAGUAAUUCUUCUUAUUGUCUGCCAUACAAUUCCUGUGAUGCUAGUUCUGAGAAUUUGGUACUGAAUCAACUAGAAAAUCCUUAAACUUACAUUUUUCUAUAUUCUCAUCACCUGUCUGAUUGAUAUUGUAUUGAUAUUGUAAGGAGAAAUUCUGUCUUGGUCACUUAUGGGAAUUUAAGGGUUAACAGAUACCAUCCCCAAAUGCCUUUGUUAUCUUCUUUUUCUUUUACUCUUUUUUUCUGGACUGGGGCCAGCUAUUUAAGUUGAUGAUAUCACACAACUUCUUAAAUUUUGCCUCAAUCUUUUCUAUUGAAGCUGACCUUCAAUUUGAUGGUAAUUCCACACAGAAAUAACUCUCUCACAAGCUUGUGCUAUUAACACUGACAACAUUAUUGAGAACACCACAGGGCUCAUUAUCUAAGUUCUAGUGCGUCACUUGACAAAAAUUCCUAUUUAUUGGUGUGCAUUAAUUAUUUCAGCAUUAUUCAAUCAGUUCAUCACCAGAAUAGAUCAUGUACAUAUUUAUCAUAGAAAUGCAGAAGAAAGUGAUCAUGUGUCUUAAAAUGUGAAAACGACCUUCAUUACUGUGUUGGGUGCAUGUACUAGAAGAAAACCUUUUAUACACUUUAAGCAGAGUAGAGAGAAGAAACAGUAUCCUUGUGCCUAUAUUUUCCUUGUUACAAAAAAAAAAAGCCAUUGGAGCUUCCAUUUUUAAAGGCUUUUUACUCACAUUAUUGGGAAAAAUUAUUUUGAAGAAAUUAUAUUAUUAGUACCAUGAAUAGCACAAGAUACAAAUAUUGAUGCAUGGGUAGGCAGAAGAAAAAAGAGGGACAAAAAACACAAUGAUAGUUGGAACUAUUUUGGAAAGAGAACCUUACUUACUCUUCUAUGAAUUGGUACUUUUUCUAAUGCUAAGCUUAAGUUUAGGUGCAUUUUUGGUGCAUAAAUAUUGUGCACUUCUCUGAAAAAUGUGUGGCAGCCAUUUUAAGAUGGAUUUUAAAGUAGACACAUGACUGGAAGGAGGGGAAAUAACUAUCAAGGGAGAGGGUUGUAUUAACCCUUUAACUCCCAAGAUCUGAUUGUCAAUUCUCCCCUCAAGCUGCAGUGCAUUUCCUUGUAAAUAAGUUAUGAGAAUUUGGUGUUAGAUCAAAAUAACAACUUCUACCUGAUACAUGUGGGUAUUCUCAUCAAUUGUUUGCUGGAUAGUGCAUGGAUAUUGUAGGGAGAAGUUACUUGUUAAUCACUUAAAGAGUAAAAGGGUUAAGCAUGGUAGAGUUUUACUAGUUUAUCACCAACCUACCUUCCCUCCUGAGGUGUCAUCCAUUUUGCUAGAUUGCAAUUAUGUUACUGGAAUUGUCAGUGUUGGUGUGCAACUGAAAAUAGUAGUUUUAGUCCGUUUCUUGUUGAUUUUAUGGCCUGAAAUUCGUUUCUAGAUUUCAUAGCCACAAUUUGUCAGGUAAAUUGAGGGAUGCAGACAUGAAUAGCAAAUAAGGAGAAGUGUGUUAAAAUCAGAUGUCCAAACAAUAUUUCUUUUGUUUUCACAGAAGUGAAAGGAAGUUUAAGUCUUAACUGUUUAUUUAGACAGCAAAGGAACAGACUAAGAAAGCAAAUCUACGCCUAAGAUACUUAUCCUUAAUCUGAUAGAGUAGAAACAUUCCUAUGGAUUUAAAAUUCCCAAAGUAUCUUCUUAAUUUUCAAAGACGACAGCAAAAAACUAUUAAGUGAUUCCUUCCCAGUCCCCUCUCUCUUUGACUCAUUUGUGUUAUGUGUCAUUAUACAUUGAGCAUGAUUUCAUUCGGGAGGUCGAUAGACGCACCAAGUGAUUAAUAUUUUUCUCGUUCCUUCUCCUUUUUCUUAUUGUAUAAAAAAAUGGAACUUGUCUUAGUUUGGAAUGAGUGAGCGUAAAACGAAAAUGAAGCUUUCAUCUAGAAGAAAUGGCACACUUGUGCCGGACGAUGAUGAUUCGGACUCUGACCUCCAAGAAUUCCCUCUUCCCAAGAAGAGGAUUAUCAAGCCAGGAAAGUCCACGUAUGUUGCAAGGUUAGAUCCUCCCUCGGCUCUUUUUUGUCAGGAUGAGAAACCAGUGCGUUCCUCUACAAUGCAUUAUAUAAUUUUUUUUUCCUUGGAUGUUCUGAUUCAUUUUCGAACGUUUCAGACGGCGCUGUGGCUGCUGCCGAGUUUGUGCUUCAGUGUUCCUCUCGAUACUUCUCAUAGCUUCCGUUCUUUGUGUAUUAGUUCUGGGAUGGUUUAGUUUAAGGCUCAAGCGUGAUUUAGACUUCAUGAGGAAAAGAUUAAGCAAAGGUAAGUUCGAGCUGUGGGUGAUUCAUUUAUUAUUUUUGCAGUUAAUCAGAAGCAGAUUGCAUAUUUUUAAAAUACUAUGCAGACACAGUGUGAGUUUCACUAACUGAUUGAAUUUUAAAACUUUUGUAAGAAAAUUUGAUUAUAAGUAUUUUUUUUUUUCGACUGCGUUAUGCCUCCCAAAAAAUGAAUUAAAUAGCGUGCAGACUCAAUGCUGCUGAAUCUAUCUGUUGUGAUUAACAUUCUAAAGCGGAAAUAACCAUUCAUGCGCGAAUGCUGUUGCAUGUACACGAACUUAUUCUACACAAUAUGCGAACUUUACGUCAAUGUUUUACUUUCUGACGCAUUUCAAAAUUAUCGAAAAAUUAGCUUUUAAAUGUAGUGUUUGCCCGGCACUCCUUCAUUAGUAGUUUCCAUUUUAUUUGGUUUCAAGAUUUGUAUCAGAAGCAAACGCUACGCGCUUGUUGAUUCGUUCAAAACAUUUCACAAGUUUGCGAUGUGACGUUGCGGUCUUACUGUGGAUCAUUUUGUUUCAUCGAACGUUCUUUGUGAAGGGUCGCUCAUCAAUAAUUUACUUUGUGAAGAUGAAAAACAUAAUGUAAUAAAAUCACUGGCGAGCUUUUCUCUUAUUGGUAUAUUUAAAAAGCUUUCGUAUAUUUUUGUAAUAUCAACGAUUUGUUCAGUCUCGAGAAUCAUUAUGCUGUGUUGAGAGUGGUUCUUGUAGCUUUGAUUUGUAAUGAUUAGCUCACUCUUUCAGGAGGUAGUGAUUAUUUGUAACAAUACUUCGAGCGCGCUUGUUAAAAGUAAUUUUGUUCUAAGUCUCGAAUGGAGUGGUAAGCUGAAGACAAAAUCGAAUUCGAGGUACAAAUUUGCUAAAAGAAAGAAAGCGACUUACAUCAAGAUAUGCAUCAAUCAGAUAUAUUCAUUGUGGACAUGGAAAUGUCCAAACUUGUCCAAGAAUUUUAAUAGUCUGUGUUGAUUUAUUCGUUCUUGAACUAUAAUAAAAAUCCUAUUUUACAUCAGUCAUCCAGUGAUGAAGCUGACUCAAUGCCGUGAAGUCUCCUGGAGCUUAACAUCUUAGGUGCGAGGAACAGAAACUCGUUUCAGCCCUGAUAAAAAUAAAAUUUCCAGACUAGCUAAUGUAUUUAUGCGACUUUUUCAGUAAUUUUGUCUCCACGUCACGAUUCUUUGUGAAAUACAGCCUUUAAGAUCUUUUAAUGUUUUAUGUACUUAUCAUUGUACAUUAGUGGUUAGAAAGUAUGGUCAGCAAUAUUUUUAAUGCUCUCGUCUUAUCCCGAUAUUGUUUAUCCGAUAUGUCACACGGUGGCGAAUUCUUUUCGACUAAAAUUAUCUUGAAUUUAAUUUUGGUGACAUUGUUUUCUGUGCGAAUCUGGGAGUAGGUUUGAAUUAUCAUUCUCGAGAGGGAAGUCGUUCCCAUAUUCAUUAAUUAAGCGUUUACCUUUGGUGUUGGUCGCUGAAUCUCAGCCAUAUCGUUCAUUGAUUCGUUUGUUACCGGAAAUACCUUAAUAAUUCACAAGUAUUUGGUCAUGUCAGUUUUGAUUUCAAUGGAUAUUGCUGUACAUGUAUCAUUUAACAGUUAUACAUAAUUAAUGAUGGUUUUCUUUUCAAAGAGAACCUCCCAGAUACUGGGAAUUUUUACACUUACGACUUCCAAACUGAAGGUUCUGUAUUGUUAACUGUAUUGUGUGUAAAUAAUUGCUUUAGAAAACAAUUUAAAAUAAUGGAUUGGAGUAUUUUUGAAGGUACUGCUGGUAGUUUUAUGGGUUGAUGCUACCUGCUGCCAGUAAUCCUUUUGUACAAGCACCAAAAGUAAAUGAGAAAGUGCAAUUUUUGUUCAUUUGCCUUGAAACAGGUGCUAAAUUUUAAGUGGAAUUACUUCUUGUAUGGCUGCUGUACAAAGAACAAAUAAUUAUUUUAUAUUGGUCGUCAAACACUUUUGUAUAUAUUGUAGUCUUGGAUGUCAAUCUAGUUUGAGCAACUUUUAAUUUAGUUUUUUUUUUAAUUUAGUUACCUUGAAUUUAAAUUUUUAAGAAUUUGUGGCCAAGGAAUAAAGAAAAAUUCAAACUGUUGUAGGGUACUUCUUAUAAAGAAUUUUUAGUGCUUUUGGAUAGGGCUGUGCUCCAGCUGACAAGAGUUAAUUGUUCAUGGGUAAGAUGGUUAGUUUUCCCCAUCAGGUAUUCUGAACAUAUUUAGCCAGUCCUUUGUCUGUGUAGGGCUCCAAGGUCAAGUUUCCCUUUGGCAAUCUAAAAUCAUCAAUUGGUCUUGGAAACAAAAUUUUGGAUGCCAGAAAAAUGCUGAAAAGGAGGUUUUAAUCACAAUCUUUCACAAUUAACACAAUCUUUUGUGCAAACAUCUAUCUCACUCUACUGGAUACAAAACAAAAGAAUGUACCAUAAACAGUAAGUCAGUACAUGAUGCUACAUUACAUGACUGCUAAGCAUUGGUCACCUAAUUGGCAAAUUGUGUUGAAAAAUUAGUUGCUAAAACUUUUUUACUUGCUACAGUGACUGUAAUGGUCACAGCUUAUAGUAUUGUCUUUCCUGUAGUUUGGACAAGGUCUCUCUGAGUAGGUAUAUGGGCUUUUCUUGCAUGCCAAUUUUUGUUCUUGUUGGAUGAGUUACUUUACCUACAUAUAGUGCCUCAAACCACCCAAUGAUUCUUAUUUAAUCCUUGAACUUCCAAGGUCUGAUUGUUAAUUCUCCUCUCUUGCUUCUACUCAUUCCCUUGUAAAUUGGUUACGAGAAUUUGGUGAUAGAUCCAAGAUAACAACUUCAACUGGUCUAAGUUUGAGUGUUAUCAUUACCUGUUGGCUCAUAAUGUUGGAUGUUAAAGGGAGAAGUUAUAUGUUAAUUGCCUCUUGGAGUUAAAGGGUCAAAAGAAAUCAAGUCAAAAGGUUGCUUUUGUAUUGCUACUGUUACUAGUACGUACUGUUACUAGCACUUAAUCACAAGAAACAAAAAGGGAUUCCAACCUAAAUCAAUAAUCUUGCCAAUCAGGGCUUAGGACUAAAGCACAGAAAGGUGAUAUGGUAUUCAGUUGGAGUUUGUGGCUUGUUUCCAGUUACCACUUUGUGCUGUGUAAGUGACCCUGCUAAUAACAAAAGUUGCACAGCAGUAAUGGUGCUUAGGAAUUAAAGUCUUCUUGGUACAACUUGAAAAAUUCAUUCAUUCUUAUUUUCACUUGAUUUUAAAAUUUACCAUAUAUUGGGAAGUGCAUUUACUAAUUAUAAGUUAUAGUAGUUGCAGAAUGGAUUUCAUAAAAAUCGAUUUGAUGUGCUCUUUAACCUUUCAACCCCCAAGAGUGACUAGCAUCUAAUUUCUCCUUAGAGUAUCAUCCCUGAAUCAAUCAUUAAGAUCACGAAGAUAAUGGAAAUGAUCAACAAGUACAGAAACCCUUGAUUGUUAAGCAAAAUCUCCCUGUCUGCACCUCAGGAAACCAAUAGAUUAAAUUAAACAUAUUGUUCUUAAGGUGUAAAAGGUUGAAGUUUUUAUGUGGGUGUUAAUAAUUGUAUUAGCUGUAGUAUGUGGAGUCAUAUGAAUUAAUGCAGUUAUAUAUCCAAUGUUUUUCUAUCAGUGGAAUCAUUUGAUAGAAGCACUUCAAGGGAAUAUGAGAGCUUGAAUAAUGAGCUCACUAACAAGUACAAGGCCUUAGAAACUGACAGAGAAAAAGCCGUAAAACAUGAUGAUGCACAAUUUAAAUCAAUUCUUAAGCAGGUAAGAACUACACAAUUAGGCCACAUGCCAUCUUACAAAGCAAGGUGAAUUAAUCAGAAUAAUGAGAAUGAUUAUGUAAUGAAUUCAAAGACAAAGCAUCAAUUAUGCCUUGCAGAACAGAAAAAUUGAUGUAGAUUUUUAGAUGUAAUAAUUGAAAGGCUCAGAGCAAGAAUGAUCCCUUGAUUUUUCGGCUAUUUUUGAAAGUGUCCACAUGCCAAAAUUCAACUACUUCUAACACUUUCAAAAAUGGCCGAAAAAUCAAGGGAUCGUUCUUGCUCUGAGCCUUUCAAUUAUCCACGACAUUUGUUCACAUCUCUCAAAAAAGCUUGCUUACUUUGUUAUUGAGCCUUUUUCUUUUUUUAUUUUAUAUUUUAGUCAGUGUAUCAUUGUAUCAUUGUAUUACUAUCAGUAAACUUUGUCUUCAUAACUUGUGAUUGGACCAUACUUACAGCAUUCAAUAACUGUUUGAUUUGUGUAACCAAAGUGAAUUUUUUUUUCUAUUUUUCAGAUUGCGUAUUUAAACUUAACAGUGGAUGAAUUAAAAAAGAAAGUUAAGCUACCAGAAAGUGCAAGCACGUUGACAAAAGAUAUUGAUUCACUGAAGAAAGGAAUGGCUGACACAGGAGGCGAUAUAACAGAGAUUAAGGACAAAAUUAAACUACUACGAGAUUUAGCUGAUAAACAGGAGCAUAGAAUGGAAAAGUUAAUCAAAAAUGUUUAUAAUCUUUCAGUAAGUAUUAUCCAUGUCAUCAUUAUUAAACAGAAUGAUUCUCUUCUUUUUGUGUGCGAUUGGCAAACAGUUGAUAUUUUAAAUAUGAUUGCAUUUUCAUAAGUCUACAUAUCUGUGGCUAUUGUUUGGGAGAAGUCAUUUCAUAUAACCAGCUCAUCCUAUUUCCUGGGAGCUCAAAGAUCUUUGCUUAUCCACGUAUUAUGUGCUGCUUUAGCAACCCUCAGCACUCAGAUAAAUGUUUUUUUUUACAUCACAGUAGAUGAGUGUUUUAUUUCAAAACUUUCCAAAAGCAGUUUCAUCACAUCACAAUCUUAUGUCUAUGUGAAUUUCUUUUAUACAGGUUCAAGUAGCUCAAAUAAUGGGAAAGCCAACUCCUAAAGCACCAGCAAAUACUGGUACUCCACCCCUUAUUUUAAGAAUGCCAGUGAUUGCUGACGAGAAACAACAAGCAGGAGAUGAAUCAGUGGUGAAGAACUUCACAGCACAAAUUUCAGUGGUAACUAUGCAGCUAAUUGUUUAAAGUUUUAUUAAAAAAUUGUGUAGUAGUCAGAUAUGUUCAAAGAUGACUUUCACCUCAUAGUGAGUACACAUUUUUCCAAAAUUUAAUGUACAGGGUAUUCAUUACGAUAUCAUAUCAGGGUUUUGAUUUUUUUUUACAUCUUAUUUUUGGUUUAUAUCAUUUCCUGUCGUAGUUAAUGUCUUCUUGUCUUAAAAGCAAUUUUAAGUAAAACAUUCACAAUUUCUAUUACAUCCUGUAGCUAAUUUAGUUUGAAAUAUUAACUUGUCCAAUGUGGGGGGUAUUUUUAUUUUCAUUUUUAGAAAGUUGGCAGGGUUAUGGGAAUUCUGACAACCGUCAACCAGACAUUGUCCUAUGAAGUGUCCAAAUUAGGACUUUUGAUGAAGAGCUUGUUGAAGGAAGUCAAAAAAGAUGUUGUAAGUGAAGUAUGUCCUCUUUCAAGAGGGCUAGGUCACAAUAUUGUUGUAGGAUUUUAAAUUCAACUAUAUUGUUUAAUUGUCGAAGAAACAGCUGAUAAUUACUCCUCACUAAUUUAGUAACUGAAAACAAAUGUGAGUAUACAAUUACUUUGUGAUAGUCAUUUGGAAGGCAGUUUUUUUUGUUCUCCAAUUACUGUUUUUCUUCUUUCCUGAUUUUUCCUCCCUCCUCCCUUGAAUUCCUUGUAUCAUGAAUUUUUCAGCUCUGUGCCAAUGAUAUUCUGUGAUGGUAGUUUAUUAUUUCACUGGCUGUUUAGUGCUUACGUAGAUGUAGACUAACACAAAACUUAUAUAUAUCUGAACUUAGGUAAAAAUUGUUACUAUCCAAAUAAAGAAAUGCUAUACAGUAGCUUCAUUGUUCAUUUUAACAUUACCAAGAAUAUUGCCUUUGAAUAUGGCUUAAAGUAGGCCACCAGCAAUCGAUAAAAGGGUUAGAAUUGUCAAUGUUCUACCAAAAUUGAUUUUAUGGUCAGUUUGUUUUCAUGUCAAAGCCAAUGCAUUUUAUCAGCUUUGAAGUUAAUGCAUGUUAGGUGAAGUUGGUCUAUACCUUGCAUGUUGAAAUUAAUUGUAUUUACAAAUAUAGUUGUAUGUUUAUUCAUUAGUCUUCUUUUGCUCUGUAUCAGGUAGCUCUUGAUGACUUACAAACUAAAGUAACACAGGUUUUGAAACAAAACCAAAGCAGUGUAACCUCAAGAGGUCACCUUCAAUCAGACAGUGACAUGCUUUCAGAGCAUGUCUCCAAUUUAUCAGUUGAAGUGAAAAAGCUAUCAGAUUAUGUUGACCAACAGUCUAAGAAUCUGGCUGAACUGGUAUGUUUGUUUCAGCUUCCUUUAAUUUUUUUUUUCAAAAAGGCUUUAUAUUUUAAGUAUUAUUUAUUUAUCUAUUUAUUUAUUUAUUUAUUUGCCUUAAAUACAGGGAGAGAAAGUGAUUGACUAUUGAUCAUAUAGUGUAUACAUUGCAACCUAAGGGAGGUUAAUGGUAUCCAAGCUAAAGAAUUGUUAUUGGUAUUAACAAAGUGAUAUAAAAAAUGUCAAGGGUGCCUUCAGAAACAAACAGUAAAGUACAAGGGAGGUCUGUUAGAUUAUUAAAUUAGAUGCGUACAAUGGGAAAAUUUAUUGAAGUUAGCUAUGACCUUCAAUUUUAAUAGAAACUGACUUGAACUAUUGCUGUCCUUUUUUUUUAAGGUUUCAUCGUUUUUUGUUUUUAACAAGCAAAAGUUUCUGUAUGCAUGAUGUUAUUUUGUGAACAAUUCUAUAGCAUUAGUCCUUGGAAAAGUACAGAAUAAUAUUUAAUAUAAGUUGGGCAUGAAUAAGAACAGUGAUCAUUGCAUUGUGUGGUGUAAUAAGAGUGCAUGUGGUUAAAAAUAACAAAAUUGCAAAUUCAAUCCUUUUAUCACCUCAUUUGAAAUUUUUCUGCACCUACUUUCAUUAAAAUUUUAUGAACAUGCACAUUUCUUACUUGUUAUCUUAUAUUAAUACAUGUGUGCAGAUGAUGUAAUUUUACCUUCAUCCUUGUUUUGGUUUUUGAUAAUCAGUUCAUUUUUAUGCAGCAGAUUACAAUGAUACUAAACUUGUUACUUGUCAGAAGAAACCAGCACUAAAAAGAGUACUAUUAUGUGACUGGACUUCUUAAAAAUUUGUUCAUUUGGAAGAUAGCUGAAUAUAUACAGUUUGCAUUGGAUUACUUAACAAGUGCUUCUGUCAGAGACCUUGCAUGUGUUACUUAUUUCUCCACACAAUUCUUUCAUCAGAUGCUAGAAAUGGUACAAAUGAACACAACUGUUUCUCAUCAACAAAGUCUCGGUGCACCCAAGAAAUCUGCUUAUUGCAACUGCUCUGUGGAAGUUGGAAAGAUACGGGAACAGUUAUCAAGCAACAAAUUGAGCAUCGAAUCACUGCAGCAAGAACUUCAAGCUCUUCAAAGUAACAUAGAAAGUUUGCCAAGUAAGGAGUAAGAGAUUAAGUGAGGACUGUUAAUUGUUUGCAUAUCCUGACCUUGCUUGAUCCCCACCAGUCGUUUUCAAAUUCGAUUGCAUUAGCAUUAUUGUAAAAAACCAAUACUGGUAAGCAGCAGGGAAAACGUUGGACUUAAUCAUAUCAUUUCUUUUUCAAGAAAUGUCCCGAACAUAUCCAUCGGUAAUGACCUUUAGUUAUCAAUCUAACUGAGACCAGCGUAAAGAAAGGUUUUUGCUCCUUCUUUGCAGAAAAUACCUCACAACUUGACACUAAAGAGUCAGACCUUUCUGAGGAAAAGCAGAAAAAGGACAACCAAAGUUUAAGUGCUAGUGUCACAGAAGACCUAGAAAAAGAAGAUCUUGAGGAUGCUGGACUUAUGGCUGAACUGAUCAAGCCAUCGCCUACACCAAGAAGUAAUGCCAAUAACUCUGUGUCAAAAGUUAAUAAGGUUACAGAAAGUGUAACAGAAAAUCCACCUAAGAAAAAUGAACUUGAAGCUGAAAGUGUAAAACCAUCACCUUCACAAAGGGAUGGCAGUCACACGGCAUCAAAAGCUGAUAAACUAAAAGAACUUUCUGUAAAUGCGUUACCACCUGGACAUGUUAAAUCAACACAGAAUUCUACACAGCCUUUAAAUGUUACCACAGUACCUCAGGUCUCCUCCAUCGACGCUACAAAAGACAGUCAAAGUUAGUUCUGAUUUGCAAAGGUUAUUUUGACCCUUGCUUUUCUGUUUUUCUUUGUUUCUUUUAUCGUUAGACCACGUGUCGAUUAUUUUAUGAUUUUUUUUAUUUGAUUUUUGUUAGAAUCCACAGACUAAUUUAUUAUUCAGUGAAAUUUCUCGUAAUUAAUUUAAUUUUGGUAUGUACCAUCAGUGUUCAUUUUUCAAGAGGAAACGUUUCACAAGUCUUAUGUUUCAGUAUUCACUCGUUAACGAGUUAUCUAUAGAUGCUAUUUACUUAUUCUAUACGUUAAAGUUGUGCAUUUAAAUUUUAAACGACGUUUCUGUGAGCAAUCAAUACUGUAAGGAGAAACGUCUGACAGUUACGAGAAUAUUGAGUUUUCGCUAGUGAAAGUAUGACGCUCAGAGCCGCUGCUGAAAACGAGCACAGGAGCGUGACUAUUAAAGUUUCAUUACUACUUCAACAGUUAAGUCGAUUUUAAAAGCGGUAUGCUUUCUUGAAAACUCCGAGCAUGUGCGAGAAAUAAGGCUUCAUGAAAGUAAUACCUUUGUGUUGAUCUUCAAUUUAGAUUCAUCUUCUGAUCUCAAGAUUCGCGUAAAAGUUGAAAAGUUAUCAACACCUAGCAAAGAAGAGGCCCUAGAAGACAGCCUGGAGAAUCGAGGCUCAGAUUAAACUUAAAACUUACUAAAAAGGUGAGGUUUUAAAGGGGUAUCAAUGAUGUUAAUUAUAAGAACGAAACGCGUAGUUGUACCUCCCUUAAUUCAGUUUUUUCUCGCUUACUCAUUAUUUCAUUAGUUUAAUCUUUCAUUCAGUCCUGCAUUUCUUUAUUUAGCCAUUCGCUGUUGCACUCACUUAUUCAAUGACAUGUUGACAAAGUUAAGUAACUAUAGCUAUGAAUUUGAAACUGUCACCUGUCGCUCUGUAAAAUUUAAUAAAACAAAGGGUUUUUCUCUCUUUUCGGGAUUUCUCCCACCCUUCGGUUUUUCUAAUGUGUUAGACAGUUAAGCCAACUUUCUUCACUGAAAAGGUAAUUUGACAAUGCUUAUUUGAUAGCUUAUUUAUUCUUAGAGAAAUCCUGAGAGGGAAGAACAAAUUUUUCGUUUACAUUUUAAGAUAGAGAUAAUAAAUGACCAAAGUUUUAUUCGUUUAUUCGACUCAACAACUCGCUGUCAAACUGAAGUGCUUUUUCCUUAUUUUUUUCUUUCAGGCUUUGAAUGUUUUUUUCUAUGGGCGUUAUAAUGAAGUCAAGUGUACCUAAUUAUAGUUAAUAUAUAAAGAAUUAUGGUUCAAUACAGUUUUGAUGUAAAAUAGCCAAUGCUAUUGACAUGAAGUGAAUUUUGAAAGGUCUUUUAUAUCAAGAGUUAGAAUUUAUCAACCAAUUUGUCUCGACUGAUAAGUAAAGUUAAAAAGAUUUGGUAUUGAUAGGACAGGUGUCCAUCUUUCUUUUUUUGGGAUCCUUUUUUGACUUAAGUUGGACUGAAAUUGCUUAACCUGUGUCAAGAAUAUUGUAUGUAGGUUGGGUUCAAAGAUUCCCUGGCGUUUCUUCUGUCGUUGACUGAAAAUUUAAACAAUGUGAUUGCAAGUCCAAUGAUUGGAUGAAGUGAUGAUUGCCUAGUUGCAAUCAAAAAGUAAUUUCUCAUUUUCUGCACCAACUUUGUACUGAGACAAUUUGAACAAGUGUUGCAAAUGAGAUAAUUAAGCAACAUGAUGAGGCUCUCUCAAACUCAAAGUGAAACAGAUAAACGAUUCUAUUUCCAACAAAUGAACGAUACUAUUUCCAAUAAACGGUGUUCUUCAUGCUUGCCUCGGUUUCAGUCUCCUCUUCAGUUUCCAGUUAUACUUGCAAUGUCUUCUAACUGCUUCUCCAGUCAUGGAUGACGCGUGUUUGUCCAUACUUCAGAAACUUUUUGUCUGUCGUACAUUUUUCAGGUUGUGUCAUGAGUUGUUGUAGUCCAUCCCUUUCCAAUUUUCUUCCUGGUCUCCUCUUGUCCUGUUUUUUGAAAGAGUUUUUUUUUUAUAUCUCUGAUCUUAUCCUCUUUGGUUCCUCACCUGAGUCCUUUAACUUUAUUAGUUCUUCGUUAUUGACUUCUUUGUUCUGUGCUUUGCCCAAGAAUCCCUAAUUUCAAAUCCAACGCUAACUCCUAGCUCGAGAAUUUGCAGAAACAGAUUGAUUUUGUUUGGUAGGAGCAUUGGUGAAUUACCACUUCGACAUUCGAAGGGCCCUUAUUUCUUGACUAUUGGGAGGUGUGACUGUCUUCAAGGGUCGUCGUUAAAAUAUUGGAACUUGCGCAUGGGUUUUAUGCUUUUGCGAAUUUUCUUCAGACUGCCGCUUUUGUUCGAGUCCUCCCUGUUCCAAUUUUUGUUUGAAGUCUCUGGUAACGCAGCACAGAGUCGUAACAAUAAUGUACAUUUGGGUGAGUUGCUUCAUUAGCGGUCCGAUCGGGAAUCGAUCUCGAUGUCAGUCCAAACCCUCUAGGUUGAAAAACAGCUCUGAUUUGAUGACAUAGGAAAAGUACAUUACCUUCGAAGAAUCAUCGCAACAGCUACUUUC